GUUUCGUUGGGAGAGGCCGCGCAUCGCAUUGACCUGCGCCGGGUGCCAACCGCGAAACCGUUAUCGGCUGCGUCACUGUCACUCUCGCUUUUCCCACAGUGUUCAUAAAGUUCUUAUCAUUUGAUGAAUUGGUGUUAUUGUUGCAGCCGGAGAUGUGAUAAUUUUUAACCAGGUACAAACGUUUAGCAGCUUUCAGUAAGCGAAUGGCUUUUCGCGCAGCCGGAACGCGAUUCUCGUGAGAAAGCAUCAGUCUGUCUGUAGGACUAUUGUAGGACCAGUUAGUUACACGUACCCCAGUUUUCGUAAUUAGGCGUCGUUGAGGCGGGAAAUGGUGAUCAGUUGAUCGUGUAGUUGGAUUAGUAAGCUACAGAUCAAAUCGAAGCGACAUGACGGAGGACACGAAGAAAGGAGAGAUUACCCCCGACGGUGAUAGCACGGAUGUGGAAGGGGAACUAAAGAAAGGAAAGUAUCCACGUGCAAUCCCGUUCAUCAUCAGCAAUGAGUUUUGCGAACGGUUCAACUACUAUGGAAUGCGAACCAUUCUGGUCCUGUAUCUGACUCGGAAACUGGACUACGAUGACGACACGGCAACGGUUAUGUAUCACUCCUUCACGACCCUGGUGUACUUCAUGUGCAUCUUCGGGGCAAUCAUUUCGGACAGUUGGCUGGGCCGGUUCCGUACGAUCUGGUCACUUUCGAUCGUUUACGUGUGUGGCAGUACACUGAUCUCGAUAGGAGCUAUUCCCACGCUUGAUGUCAACGCCUCGGCCAUGACCAUUAUCGGUCUGCUGCUGAUAGCAAUCGGUUCCGGGGGUAUCAAACCGUGCGUGGCCGCCUUUGGCGGAGAGCAGUUUAAACUACCGGAACAGGCCCGCUACCUGGCGGUCUUUUUCUCGAUGUUUUACUUCGCCAUUAAUCUUGGCUCGUUUAUUUCGACUAUGAUUACGCCGAUUCUGCGCGAGGAUGUUAAAUGCUACGGGGACGAUGACUGUUUCUCGUUGGCGUUCGGAGUUCCGGCCAUACUGAUGGUGACCUCGAUCAUUAUAUUCCUAAUCGGUAAGCCGCUGUACAAGAUUGUGUCCCCUGCCGGGAAUAUGUUCGUCAAGGUGUGCAAAUGUAUUUGGACUGCUCUUCGCACCCGCUCGAAGGAGAAAGCUAUUAAUCCUCGCGAGCAUUGGUUGGACUAUUCUGAGAAACGCUGGGGCCAGCAGCUGGUUGAUGAAACGAAAAUUCUUAUGAAUGUUUUGAAACUGUACAUUCCGCUGCCCAUUUUCUGGGCAUUAUUUGAUCAGCAGGGCUCCCGUUGGACCUUCCAGGCUACUCGAAUGGACGGUGAUCUUGGUUUUUGGACGAUCAAACCCGAUCAGAUGCAGGUCGUCAAUCCGUUACUGAUUUUGGUCUUUAUUCCGCUGUACGAAGUUGCUUUCUACCCACUGCUUUCAAUGAUUGGCAUUCGCAGGCCGCUGCAAAAGAUCACUUUGGGAGGAAUCCUCGGUGGCAUAGCCUUUUUCAUUUCGAUGAUUGUGGAAAUCCAGCUGGAAGACACUUACGCGGUACUGCCGAAGGCAGGCGAAUCACAGCUUCGCAUCUUCAAUGGAAUGAACUGCGAGUACGCGGUGCAAACCAACAUUCCGGAUCAUGCAAACUUUAUAUUGAAAUCAAUGGAGAUGUUUGAGGAAAAGUACAUUACAGUAGAGGGACAAAAAUCUUUCACUUAUAGUUUCACCUCAAACACUCCGGGCUGUGAGGUUCCCCCGAACGGUCAAUUUUUACUGAACGAACGCGAGCAAAUUUCCUAUUUUGUUAACAGCCGCUGGGGUCAAAUCGGUCUGCUCCGGUACACGGACGAUACAGAAAAAUCCUCCAAAGGCUACCCGUUGUUCCGAGUGCUCGGCAAUACCGCUAUUGACCGAACCUUUAUAUUUAAGGACCUGGAUCCCUCGAAUUCUUUCGAUAGACAUACAAAUAGUACAUACUUCAAUGAUAUCAUAGAAUCUUACCCCUCGGAGUACGAAAUUAGCAUAGAUGGAACUGAAGUGAUGAAAUAUACGAUGCGACUGGGUGGAGUCUACGCCUUCAUAUUCAAUGAAGAGGGAGCUUCCAUUACCGGCCAGGUGAUCACCGUGACCGAACCGAACUCUAUCAACAUGCUCUGGUUGAUCCCACAGUACGUCGUGCUGACCCUGGGUGAAGUCAUGUACUCGAUCACCGGUCUGGAGUUUUCCUUCACCCAGGCACCGGAGAGUAUGAAGUCGGUACUGCAAGGCUGCUGGCAGCUGACGGUAGCCAUCGGAAAUCUGAUCGUGGUCAUUGUCGCCGAAGUCAAGGCUUUCGAUGCGCAAAAGUGGGAAUUCCUGCUGUUUGCCGUGCUGAUGAUUGUCGACAUGGGUCUGUUCGCGGUGCUCGCGUACUACUAUAAACCGAUUCCGCUGAAAAAGUACGACGAUGAUGACGCCAACACGACCCUCCCCGUCGAAGAGCAGAAGGAGGAACGGGGCGGACUGGAGAAUCCCACGUUCAUCAAGAGUGACUGAUCGCUAGGAAAUGACAACUAUUAUUAUUUGUAGUUAGGUGUUUCAAGUAUGUGCUGUUGUGCAGCCCCGUUCUUUAUAAGCUCGUAGCCAUAAAGCUGAUCAUAUAACCUUGUAGAAUAAUAACAGAACAGAAAUAAA